CGACUAGCGAUCAGGCCAACAAUUGCGCGCAUGGCCUGCUCAUUUUUUUCACGACGGGGAUUUCCUAGGGAGGAAGUAAGCAAACCGAAGGGGGCUUUCCAGCCACUUAGGCAUCAACAUCGAAGAGAAGAAGUGGCUUCUCUUUUUGACCCGCAUUUCCCUUUGGAUUUCAGAAAUAUUCCUAAAACAUAUUAUAGGUACGAUGUCACCUAUAUGUGACAGGCCCUUGGAUGUCUGUUUCCUAUCGAGAGGAGUUCGGUCGCUUUCAGUGUAGUCCAUAGUAAGCUACUGAACGUGCCAUUCACCCCGCAAAGCUUUAUUCGAAACGUUGUAGCUGGACAACGACGUUGCAUUGGCCAACGUUAACCAUCUGAUUCAUGUCAUGUCAGCAGGGCGUGGUGGUGACGGGCGGGAGCUCCAGAUUCACCUCCAGCAGGCAGUGUCCUCCCUGGGUGGCCUCUCUCUCGCCCAGAGGCCCUGGCCCAGCGACCCUCCCAACACCACGGGAUUCCUGCCAGCCCACGGUGGCUUCAGGGACCACUUCCUGUUGACCCCCGAGCCCAAGUACUGCUGCGAGUCCUGCCGCCUGGUGCUCUGCAACCCUCGGCAGACAGAGUGUGGCCACCGCUUCUGUGAGACGUGCAUAUCUGACCUGCUCAGCAAGCCUAGCCCAGUAUGUCCAGCCGACAAGGAGCCUCUGUUCAAGGACAAGAUCUUCCGGGAUAUAUGCUGCCACAGGGAGAUCAUGGCUCUGAAGGUGUUCUGUCGAAGCGAGAAGAGCGGCUGCAAGGAGCAGAUGAGCCUCCACCAGGUCAUGGACCACCUGAACGUGUGUCUGUACUUUGAGGUGCCCUGCCCCCUGGGGAAGUGUAAGGAGAGCAUGAUGAGGAAGGACAUUCCUGAGCACCUGAGCAGGAGGUGCAAGCACAGGGAGGCCACCUGUGAGCUGUGCCUGCAGAAGAUGCCCCUGACAGAGCUCCAGAAACACAAGGAGACGGUGUGUCCAGCGUUCCCCGUGUCCUGUCCCAACCACUGCACUUUCCCCUCCAUCCUGCGGAGCGAGCUGUUGAGUCACCAGCAUGACUGUCCCAAGGCCCAGGUAGCCUGCUCUUUCAUCCGCUACGGGUGCACUUUCAAGGGUCUGAACCAGGACCUAAGGGAUCAUGAGUCCAGUUCUGCCUCAGAACACCUCAGACUCAUGGCAGCUAGGAACAGCACCUUGGAGGCCAAGGUGGAGGACGUGAAGGGAGAGUUGCUGGAGCGCUACAAGGUUCUGCCAGGCCUCAGCAGCCGACUGGCAGAGCUGGAGGCCCACUACGAGGAGAUGAGGGAGAAGAACCGUCAGCUGGAGCAGAAACUGGUCACCAUGCAGAAGCUGAUGAGCUCCCACUCUGAGAAACUGCUGGAGGUGGAGCUAGAGCUGAGGACCCUGAGGGGGGUACGGGAGGAGGUGGAGGCUCUGAGGAGCUCCGUGGAGAGCAUCCGCUCACGGCUCUCCCUGCUGGACGGAGGACGCGCCGGGACCAGCUCUGGGACUCUGGCUCUGGGUCAGUUAGAGUCCCAGCUCUCUCGCCACGACGACAUGCUGAGCGUGCACGAGAUCAGGCUGGCCGACAUCGACCUGCGCUUCCAGGUUCUAGAGACGGCAUCGUUCAACGGCACGCUUAUCUGGAAGAUCCGCGACUACAAGCGCAGGAAGCAGGAGGCCGUGGCUGCCAAGACCCUGUCUCUGUACAGCCAGCCCUUCUACACGGGCUACUUUGGCUACAAGAUGUGUGCCCGGGUCUACCUAAACGGCGACGGCAUGGGGAAGGGGACCCACCUGUCGCUGUUCUUCGUGGUGAUGCGUGGCGAAUACGACGCCCUCCUGCCCUGGCCCUUCAAGCAGAAGGUCACCCUGAUGCUCAUGGACCAGGGCCCCGCCCGCAAACAUCUGGGCGACGCCUUCAAGCCCGACUCCAACUCCAGCAGCUUCAGACGGCCGGUGGCAGAAAUGAACAUAGCGUCGGGCUGCCCGCUGUUCGUCACCCAGACCCUGCUGGACAACGGGACAUACAUUAAGGACGACACCAUCUUUAUCAAGGUUACCGUGGAUACCUCUGACCUGCCCGACCCUUGACCCUUGACUCUGGGACGGCUGGACUGAGAUCAGCUGAUGUGUCAGAUCAAGCAGAGGGCUGCACAGAUGGACGGACGUACAGAUGGACACCGAUGGACGAAAAAGAGAGAGAGAGAGAGAGAGAGAGAGAGAGAGGGACAUUGAUAGAGUUUAAGAAUAAGAAGAAAAAGAGAUGUUUUGGGAAAAUGGGCAGAAAUCAAGAAAUCUGAGUUCAAGGAAAACAUUUAUGAACUAGCAAGGCUUUGUAAGUGUUGAGGGAUGGAUGGAUGACAGGAAGGAAGGAUUGACGGCUGGUGGGCUGCUAGAUUGUGGUGGUGAGGUGUGCAGUCUAGUCGGGAUGUCCAGAAGGUCUAGCAGCUUGUUCAGGGUCUCUUGAGGGAGAGACAGAGGGAAGGGUUGAGAGGGGAAGAAAGGGAGAGGGGGAGGGGUUCCUGGACCUGUCGGUCAUUGGCUGCGGGGGAGGGGU